CUCCCCUAUCCCGUUCUUUUUACAUUCUGUCGUAUGCUAUGCUUCGACUCGGACUCUCGCACUUGCCCUACUACAUCGUCGUAUCGCUGCUGGUGCCAAGCACGCAAGCAGCACUACAAGUGGAGCACGAGGUAAAACACACCGACAGCCUCAGCUACCACCACCAGCACGAUGUCCGGCUUCGACCUUGGCCAGUCGUAUAGUACGUCCGUGCUGCCAGGCACCGGCGCAUCCUCCAGCAAUGGCGGCGGCGGCAAUGGCACGUCGUACGAGACGCUUGCACAGAUAGAGUCUAAUCUGUACGACUUCCUCCAGCGCUUCCGGCUCGGUAACGACUUCAUUUACCGCGACCGCCUACGCGCCAACCUGCUGGCCAAGCAGUACAUGGUCGAGGUGCAGCUGGAGCAUGUACAGCUAUGGAACGCGACACUUGCACAGAACAUGAGGGAGAAGCCGGGGGAGAUAUUACCCUUAUUUGAGAGCGCCGUCAAGCGAAUCGCGCGCCGCAUCCUCUACCCGCUCUCCCCGGACGGCAACGACGCACAGCGCCCAGAGGCCCCCGACUGCCAAGUGACGCUGCGCUCGUCUGCGAACCUGAUCUCGAUGCGUGACCUGCACGCUGACUCGAUCUCGCAUCUGGUGCGCGUGCCGGGAAUCGUGAUUGGCGCGUCGACGCUGACAUCGCGCGUGACAAGCCUUCACAUCAUGUGCCGCGACUGCCGCAACUCCAAGAUGGUCCCUGUCGCCUCAGGUUUUGGCGGAUUCACGCUGCCGCGGCGUUGCGACGCACCCAUCGUUGAGGGCGAGGACAAGACGUGCGGCCUGGACCCGUACGUCAUCAUCCACGACAAGUGCCGUUUUGUUGACACGCAGACCGUCAAGUUGCAGGAGGCGCCGGACAUGGUCCCCGUCGGCGAGUUGCCGCGGCACAUGAUUCUCUCCGUCGACCGCGUGCUAUGCGGGCGCGUCGUCCCCGGCUCGCGCAUCGUCGCCACCGGCAUUUACUCGACGUUCAGCAGCAGCAAGAACCAGGCCAAAGGCGGCGCAAGCGGCGGCAGUGGCGCUGUCGCGCUCCGCACGCCCUACCUCAAGGUCGUCGGGCUCGAGAUCGACGCAGAAGGCGCCGGCGGGCGCGGGCUGACGCGUAUUUUCACCGCGGCUGAGGAGGAAGAGUUUGCACGCAUGGCCCGCACGCCGAACCUCUUUGAGCGCUUUGCGGCCAGCAUCGCGCCGUCCAUCUACGGCAACGAGGAGAUCAAAAAGGCCAUCACGUGCCUCCUCUUCGGCGGCAGCAAGAAGAUCCUUCCGGAUGGCAUGCGUCUCCGCGGGGACAUCAACGUGCUCCUCCUCGGCGACCCAGGUACCGCCAAGUCGCAGCUACUCAAGUUUGUCGAGAAAUGCGCUCCAAUUGCGGUGUACACGUCCGGUAAAGGCUCCAGUGCCGCUGGUCUCACUGCGUCCGUCCAGCGUGAUUCGAGUUCGCGCGAGUUCUACCUCGAAGGUGGCGCGAUGGUUCUGGCUGACGGCGGCGUAGUGUGUAUCGACGAGUUUGACAAGAUGCGCGACGAGGACCGUGUGGCGAUCCACGAAGCGAUGGAGCAGCAGACCAUUUCGAUCGCCAAAGCGGGUAUCACCACCAUCCUUAACAGCCGCACGUCAGUCCUCGCCGCUGCCAACCCCGUCUUUGGGCGGUACGACGACAUGCGCACGCCUGGCGAGAACAUCGACUUUCAGACGACCAUCCUCAGCAGGUUCGACAUGAUCUUCAUCGUCAAGGACGAGCACGACGAGAAUCGCGACCGGACAAUCGCUAAGCAUGUCAUGAGCAUCCACAUGAACCGCCAGGCCGAGCAGGAGGCAGGCGGUGCGACGGGCGAGUUUGACAUGGAGACGAUGAAGCGCUACAUUGCGUUUGCCAAGGCGCGCUGCGCGCCGCGCCUGAGCGAUGAGGCGGCCGAGAAGCUGAGCAGCCACUUUGUCGAGCUGCGCAAGCAGGUCGCGCAGAUCGAGCAGGAUAACGACGAGCGCUCCAGCAUCCCCAUCACUGUGCGCCAGCUGGAAGCGAUCGUGCGCAUGAGCGAGAGUGUCGCCAAGGCCAGCCUGAGCACGCAGGUUGGCGAGCAGCACGUCGACGAAGCGAUCCGCCUAUUCAAGUUCAGCACUAUGGACGCCGUACAGACCGGUUCGGGUGUUUCCGGUGAGCGUGCCGGCGGGAUGAGUAGGGCCGACCUCAACGGCGAAAUGCACAAGCUCGAGCGCGAGAUCCGCAGGCGCUUGCCCAUCGGCUGGAGCACCAGCUACGCCAAGCUGCGGCACGAAUUCGUCGAGUCGCAAGGGCUUUCAGCGCAUGCGCUGGAACGUACGCUGUUUGUGCUGGAGAAGCGCGAAGUCAUCAAGUUCUCAAAUCAACGUAAGGCAAUUACGCGGACUGGGGUAUGACGAGCUUUUGUUCUCGCGAUCACGCGUUGCCGCGAUGGAUGCCGUUCUUUGUAUUUUAGGUCACCGUCUGUCAUUGUUCAAUAUC